AUGGCGGAUCAGGACAUUCAACAGCUCACACCACUGCCAGAGCAGGCGCAAGAAGAUGCGCUCCACGCGACUCGUCUACUAGCGAUCGAGGAGAGACCUUUCCAGCGCGUCACCAACAGACUUGUUGGCAAGAACUCGAUACUGCGGCCAUCACUAACGUAUCUCCCAUCUCCACCACCCGAGGGCGAGGAGGAGUUCGAGUUCGAUGCGCAAAAGGUGCAGAAGUUUCGCGAGGAUGUCUUGAUCGACUUUGCCAAUCUCGAAAGCAGCAUCGUGCGCAUACAGCUGAUUCUGUCAUCGAACGAGCGCGAAAGAGAGCGGUAUGCUGAGGAGAAAGCGAAAAUCUUGGAGACAGCGCAGGCGGUGCGCGAAAACACCAUCGAGCUUAGAGGGCAAUUGGUGCAAGCGCAGCAAGUUUUGGAACAGCGAAAAGGCUACGACAAGGAAGCCGCCAAGAUUCUGAACGACAAGAACCUGAAGAGCCGCGAUGAGACCAAGGCAGAUAUCGAGAAGCUGGAGAAGGAGAUCGAAGACCUGCAACACGAGAGCGCACAGUACGAGGAGACUUGGGUCACUAGGAGGGAGCAUUUCGACAAUGUUGUGCGCGAGGGCGAGAACAUGAUCAAGCUGAUCAAAGGAAUCAAGGACGAGCCGGAGAAGGAUGAGACCAUGGACGAUGCAGACGAUGACGCCAAAGCUGACACGAGCAGAAUGGGCACUCCAGCACCCGAGGGACGGUCACCGCAGCCCACUGACACUGGCGACAGAACACCUAUGGUCGGUGGAGGCGGUGACGUCGGAGAUGCAACACCUCGUCCGACCAACAAGUUUCUCGAGGUGGACGAUGCAACGCGCUCUAAUAGUCGCAUCGCCUCGCCUUCGAUGCAGGCUACGCAGUCGCAGGAUGAUGUCGAUAUGGGUGAUGCCAGCCUGAGCAUUUCUGGAGAGCCACAGCAACCAUCGAAGACGAGCGAGGGCAUGGACGUAGCAAUCGAUCAGGUCGCUACACCCCAAGGCUCCACGCCUGCUGCGGACAUUGCUAUGGAUGGAUCAUGA